GUACCAUCUUACGCAGACCGCAUAUAACACAUCCUUCGGUGGCUUAGAUACAUAUAUAUAUAUAACUAUAUGUAAUUUUAAAUGUAAUGUAGUGGACAUACCCCACUCGCAUAUAAUAUUGUCACCACCACCGAUCGUAUCAUAUACACUUUAUAUUCUCUAAUGUACAUAUCCUCUAGACUUACCAACAAAAGAAAAUAAGUUCGACGAAAGAAAAAUGUUAAGGGAAGAAUGUACUCCAAGUUCAUCAUGGUGGGAAGAUGUUCAACAUCAUCAUAAUGAUCAUGCAAACUCGAUUAAUUCGACGUCUUUUUACCAUAAGAAUAGUAAUAAAAACUUAAACGCAAACGCUAGCUGUGAAGAAGACAAUCUCUCGAUCUCUACCGUGAGCGCUUCAAAUCGUUUGGACCUAACAGCUGAAUCCUCCAAUCAUCACUCUCUCUCGGCUCCAAAUCAGCCUGCCUCCUCUUCCGAUGAGUUGCUCCGCGACCACGUAGUCUCUUCUCAUAAUCAUCUAUGGAGUCUUGCCUUCUUGCCUAGUAGAAGCUUAGGAGAUCAAAUGAUGGAUCAUCAUCAUCAUCAUCAUCAUCAUCAUCAUAAUGAUCAUCACAUAACAUCUUCAAGAAAUUCAUCAACAACAUCAGAACUAGCAUCAUUCGAGUCAGCCUGCCAUAACGAUAACGGUUGGGUCUAUGACACAAAUCAAGUUAGGUACGAUCAAAGUAGUGACCAACGGCUGUCAAAGUUAACGGAUCUUGUAGGCAAGCACUGGUCAAUUGCGCCACCGAAUAAUCCCGACAUGAACCAUAACCUUCAUCAUCACUUCGAUCAUGAUCAUUCUCAAACAAACGACGACGUUUCUAUGUACAGACAAGCCUUGGAGGUGAAAAAUGAGGAAGAUCUUUGUUACAAUAAUGGCUCAAGUGGCGGUGGUUCCUUGUUCCAUGAUCCUACAGAAAGUUCUAGAAAUUUCCUUGAUGUAAGGUUAAGUAGGCCAUUAACGGAUAUUAAUCCGUCGUUUAAGCCAUGCUUUAAGGCCUUAAACGUAUCCGAGUUCAACAAGAAAGAACAGCAAACGGCAUCACUGGCAGCAGGGAGAUUGGGAACAACAAACGCCGGGAAGAAGAAAAGAUGUGAAGAAAUUUCCGAUGAGGUCUCCAAGAAGGCCAAGUGCAGCGCCGGCUCUACACUUUCGCCGGAGAAGAAAUGGCAGGAACUACCAAAAGCCAAACUUCGAGACAAGAUCACGACUCUACAGCAAAUUGUGUCUCCCUUUGGAAAGACGGAUACUGCUUCUGUACUUCAAGAAGCCAUCACUUACAUAAAUUUUUAUCAAGAGCAAGUUAAGCUGCUAAGCACUCCUUAUAUGAAGAAUUCAUCAAUUAAGGAUCCAUGGGGAGGAUGGGAUAGAGAAGAUCACAACAAAAUGGGACCGAAACAUCUAGAUCUAAGGAGUAGAGGGCUUUGUUUGGUUCCUAUUUCUUGCACCCCAAUCGCAUACCGCGAUAACAGUGCAACUGACUAUUGGAGUCCCUCGUAUAGAGGUUCUUUGUAUCGUUAAUGACGAGCAUGCACGAUCAACUAGUAUAGCUACAAAGUGUGUAGAGAGAAAGAUUUGAUAAAAUUAUGGUCGUGAUAUAAACCAUUUGAAACAUCGGUCAUUCUGUAGUAGAAAGCAGUAGAACGGGAGAACAGUAUGUGUAUAUAUAAUAUAUGCAUAUUAAUCAUUGGGGUCACAGUUCUAUAGUUUGCAGUUGUUCCUCAUAGCCUAAAACAUUGUAAUAUGGUCACACAUAGAAUACAAUGUAUUGAGUUUUGUUUAGGUAAUAUUACAAUGCAAUAAAGAAAGAAUUUGACUGGGAGCUAGCGAA